AUGCCGGAGCAAAUGAGUGCUUCAAGCUAUUUCAUACCACCGGAGAUCGUAAUCGACAUGUUCUUGAGAUUACCAGUCAAAACACUAAUUCGAUGCACCUCUGUUUGUAAAUCAUGUUAUCGUCCAGAGUGUCGCGAUAAUGGAUAUCUUCUAUUGGGAUGCACUAAUUUCUGCCAUAUAGUUUGCGAUAGAAGUUUUAAAUCGCUCUACGCUGUUGAAACCCCUUUCGCUGUUGGACCUAAUCGAAAAUCAUCGUUAAACUUCAUCGGUUCGUGUAACGGAUUGCUAUGUUUAGCACCUGGAUUGGAGUAUAAUUUGGGGAACGAUGUGUAUAUCUGGAAUCCAUCAAUCAGAAGCCAUAAAAAGCUUCCGCCGUCACAGUUUUCCGAUGAGUUCACCGACGAAAGGUGGAUGGUUUCUCGUUUGGGAUUCGGUUUUCAUGAAUCGACAAACGACUACAAAGUUAUCAGACUGAUUUACUUUCCAGAGUGCCGUAAUUUCACCUCUGUGGAUGCCGCACCUUUGGUUGAAGUUUACAGUUUGAAAACAGAUUCAUGGAGGAUAAUUCGCACUGAAGUUCCACCCAUUGUUACUCAAAGUGUAGUGACAUUUCACAAGGGUUUCUUUUACUGGAUGGGUUUCAAGAGCAUUCGCGAUGAUCCGAUGGAGAAUUACAUCAUGUCAUUUGAUCUUGACAAUGAGAAAUUCAAAGAGAUUGAACAGCCUUCUGUUGAUUUUCCAUUUUCUCUUUUGUCAGUGAGGGGAUCAUCUGGUUCUUUAUUUGCUAUCUACUCAAAGUUCUUUGGUGGACAAAAUGACAUCUUGGUGUUAUGGAAGAUGGAUGAAUAUAGCAAAAGUUGGACAAAAGCAUACACAAUUCAGUGUAACAGAGGUGUGUGGUGGACUAUAGGAUUUACAAAAAGUGGGAAAUUUCUUUAUGCAAAUUUGGAGAAAAAGCUUGUUUCUUUUGAUCUUGAAAGCCUGGAAACUCAAGUUCAUGAUCUUGGAAUCUCUUUUAGUCGAUCUGCAGUCGAUAUUAAUUAUAUGGAAAGUCUUCUGUUAUUUGAUCAUUAA